AUGCCCGCGCUCUGGCUCAGCUGCUGCCUCUGCGUCUCGCUGCUCCUGCCCGCAGCCCGGGCCACCUCCAGGAAGGAAGUCUGCGAUUGCAAUGGGAAGUCCAGGAAGUGCAUCUUCGAUCAGGAGCUUCACCGACAGACAGGCAACGGAUUCCGCUGCCUCAACUGCAAUGACAACACUGAUGGCGUCCACUGUGAGAGGUGCAAGGAAGGGUUUUACCGCCACAGAGACAGAGAUCGCUGUUUGCCCUGCAAUUGUAACCCCAAAGGUUCUCUCAGUGCUCGAUGUGACAAUUCUGGACGAUGCAGCUGUAAGCCAGGUGUGACAGGAGACAGAUGUGACCGGUGUCUGCCAGGCUUCCACACGCUCACAGACGCUGGAUGCAUCCGAGACCAGAGACAUCUAGAUUCCAAGUGUGACUGUGACCCAGCUGGCAUCGCAGGGCCCUGUGACUCCGGCCGCUGUGUCUGCAAGCCAGCUGUCACUGGAGACCGCUGUGAUAGGUGUCGCCCAGGUUACUAUCAUCUGGAUGCGGGGAACCCUGAGGGCUGCACCCAGUGUUUUUGCUAUGGACAUUCAGCCAAGUGCCGCAGCUCUGUGGACUACAGUGUCCAUAAGAUCACCUCCACCUUCCAUCAAGAUGCUGAUGGCUGGAAGGCCAUCCAAAGAAACGGGUCCCCUGCGAAGCUCCACUGGUCUCAGCGCCACAGGGAUGUGUACAGCUCAGCCCGACGAUCAGACCCCGUCUAUUUUGUGGCUCCUGCCAGAUUUCUUGGGAAUCAGCAGGUGAGCUAUGGGCAAAGCCUGUCUUUUGACUACCGUGUGGACCGGGGAGGCCGACACCCGUCUGCCCAUGAUGUGAUCCUGGAAGGUGCUGGUCUGCGGAUCAGAGCUCCCUUGAUGCCCCUCAGCAAGACGCUGCCUUGUGGAAUCACCAAGACUUACGUGUUCAGAUUAAAUGAACAUCCAAGCAGUAACUGGAGCCCCCAGCUGAGCUAUUUUGAGUUUCGAAGGUUACUGCGGAACCUCACGGCCCUUCAGAUCCGAGCUACGUAUGGAGAAUACAGUACUGGGUACAUUGACAACGUGACCCUGGUUUCAGCCCGCCCUGUCUCUGGAGCCCCAGCACCCUGGGUUGAACAUUGUAUAUGUCCUGUUGGGUACAAGGGACAGUUCUGCCAGGAUUGUGCUUCUGGCUACAAAAGAGAUUCAGCGAGACUGGGGCCUUUUGGCACCUGUGUUCCAUGUAACUGCCAAGGGGGAGGGGCCUGUGAUCCAGACACUGGAGAUUGUUAUUCAGGGGACGAAAAUCCUGACAUCGAGUGUGCCGACUGCCCCCUUGGAUUUUACAAUGAUCCCCAUGACCCCCGAAGCUGCAAGCCAUGCCCCUGUCACAAUGGAUUCAGCUGCUCAGUGAUGCCCGAGACAGAGGAGGUGGUCUGCAACAACUGUCCGCUCGGAGUCACUGGCGCUCGCUGUGAACUCUGUGCUGAUGGCUACUUUGGGGACCCCUUUGGGGAGCGGGGCCCGGUGAGGCCUUGUCAGCUCUGUCAGUGCAACAACAACAUCGACCCCAGUGCCUCUGGGAACUGUGACCGGCUGACGGGCAGGUGUCUGAAGUGCAUCCACAACACAGCCGGAGUCAACUGCGACCAGUGCAAAGCUGGCUACUUCGGGGACCCUUUGGCUCCCAACCCAGCAGACAAGUGUCGAGCUUGCAACUGCAACCCCAUGGGCUCGGAGCCUGUGGAGUGUCGAAGUGAUGGCAGCUGUGUUUGCAAGCCAGGAUUUGGUGGUCUCAACUGUGAGCACCAAGCAUUAGCCAGCUGUCCAGCUUGCUACAAUCAAGUGAAGAUUCAGAUGGAUCAGUUUAUGCAGCAGCUCCAGAGCCUGGAGGCCCUGAUUUCCAAGGCUCAGGGUGGCGGUGGCGCCGCAGUACCUGGCUCAGAACUGGAAGGCAGGAUGCAGCAGGCGGAGCAGGCUUUACGGGACAUUCUGAGAGAAGCGCAGAUCUCAGAAGGUGUUAGUAGGACCCUUAGACGCCAGCUGGACAAGGUGAGGAGCCAAGAGAACAGCUACCGCAAUCGCCUGGAUGACCUCAAGACCGCAGCGGAAAGGAUUCGGGCCCUGAGCAGUCAGUAUCAGAACCGAGUCCAGGAUACCCGCAGGCUCGUCACCCAGAUGCGCCUGAGCCUGGCAGAAAGUGAAGCUUCCCUGAAAAACAGCAAAAUUCCUCCCAUAGACCACUAUGUGGGGUCCAAUGGCCUUAAAAGUCUGGCUCAGGAGGCCACAAGAUUGGCAGACAGCCAUGUCGAAUCAGCCAGGAGCAUGGAGCAACUAACAAGGGAAACAGAGAAAUAUUCCAAACAAGCGCUGUCAUUGCCCCACCAGGGUCUGAGUGAAGGGGGCGGAAGUGGCGUCUCAGACAGCUCUGUGGUACAAGGACUUAGGGGAAGAUUGGAGAAAACUAAGACCCUGGCCCAACAGUUAUCAAGGGAAGCCACCCAAACUGACAUGGCAGCGGAUAGGUCUUAUCAACACAGUCUCAGCCUUCUGGAUUCCGUGUCUGGGCUUCAGAUAGUGGAUGAUCGGUCCUUUCAGGUGGAAGCGAAGAGAAUCAGACAAAAAGCCGAUUCUCUCUCUAGCCUGGUGACCAGGCAUAUGGAUGAGUUCAAGCGUGUGCAGAGCAAUCUGGAAAACUGGGAAAAAGAAACCCAGCAGCUCUUACAGAAUGGAAAAAAUGAGAGACAGAAAUCAGUUCAGCUGCUUUCCCGUGCCAACCUUGCUAAAAGCAGAGCCCAAGAAGCACUAAGUAUGGGCAAUGCCACUUUUUAUGAAGUUGAGAACAUCCUAAAGAACCUCAGAGAGUUUGACCUGCAGGUGGAAGACAGGAAAGCAGAAGCUGAAGAGGCACUGAGGAGACUCUCCUACAUCAGCCAGAGAGUUGCAGAUGCCAGUGACAAGACCCAGCAGGCCGAAGCAGCCCUGGGCAGCGCCUCAGCGGACGCCCGGAGUGCAGAGAAGACGGCCAGGGAGGCCCUGGAGAUCUCCAGCGAGAUAGAACAGGAGAUAGGGAGUCUGAACUUGGAAGCCAACGUGACUGCAGAUGGGGCUUUGGCCAUGGAAAAGGGACUGGCCACUCUAAAGAGCGAGAUGAGGGAGGUGGAAGCAGAGCUGGCCAGGAGGCAGCUGGAGUUUGACACAGACAGGGAUGCGGUGCAGAUGGUGAUUACAGAAGCCCAGAGAGUUGAUACCAGAGCCAAGAAUGCAGGAGUUACAAUCCAAGACACACUCAGCACCCUGGACGGCAUCCUACACCUGAUAGACCAGCCUAAUGCUGUGGAUGAAGAGCGACUGAUGUUAUUGGAGGAGGAGCUUUUCCGUGCCAAGACCCGGAUCAACAGCCAGCUGAGGCCCUUGAUGUCAGAGCUGGAGGAGAGGGCGCGUCGACAGAAGGGCCACCUCCAUUUGCUGGAGACAAGCAUAGAUGGAAUUCUGGCUGACGUGAAGAACCUGGAAAACAUUAGGGACAACCUGCCCCCAGGCUGCUAUAAUACCCAGGCUCUCGAGCAACAGUGA